AAAACUACUUCAAUAAUCAACAAAAAAAAAAAAAAAAAGUCAGUCCCAAACUAAGCCUUAAUCCAAAAUUAUAUUUCCAUCACAUCCACACCCCUCUUAUAUAUAAAUAUAGGCGGGCAUGAAUGAUGAAUGAAUCUCUGUUGUUCUCUUCCUCCUUCAAUACACCGACAUCGUAAUCCUUCUGCUUCAAUGGCCUCUCUUCUAUGCCUCAAAAAGACAAUCAUUCUUCCAACAGGACCCACAGGAAAAUUCCGGCGAGAUCAAUGUGUCUCCGACCAUUCCUCCGACAACCACCCUCCCUUCCCUCUCCUCCAACUCACCCCCAAAACCGAUAAAAAAGCCAUCUUUAUCCUCGGCUCCUCCGGAACCGGCAAGUCAAAGCUCGCCGUCACCCUCGCCCUCCGCUUCGCAGGCGAGAUCAUAAACUCCGACAAGAUGCAGGUCUACGACGACCUUCACAUCAUCACCAACAAAAUCAAACCCGAAGAGCGCUUCAACGUUCCCCACCAUCUUCUCGGCGGCGUCAACCCGGACUCCGAAUUCACCGCCGUGGAUUUCCGCCAAAAAUCUGCCGCAUCCGUUCAAGAAAUAUCCGCCCGCGGUCACCUUCCCAUCGUCGCCGGCGGGUCUAAUUCCUACAUCAAAGAAAUGGUCGCCGGCGAUAACGGUUUGCUCGACCGAGGAUACCAAUGCUGCUUCAUUUGGGUCGACGCCGACGGGAAAGCGCUGGAAGAGUUCGUUUCGGAGCGGGUGGAGAAAAUGGUGGAGGAAGGAUUGGUGGAAGAAGCUCGGGCGAUGUUUAAACCAGAGGCGGAUUACUCGAAGGGGGUUAGGAAGGCGAUUGGUUUGCCGGAGAUGGAGAGCUAUUUCCGGCGACAGGGAAAUGCUGAUGAAAGGGAGAGGGCGGCGGUGCUGGCGGAGGCGAUUGGUGCGAUAAAGGAGAAUACUUGUAGGCUUACGAGGCGGCAGAGGGAGAAGAUCGGGAGGUUUGAAGCGGAGGAGGGGUGGCAAUUGAACCGCGUGGAUGCGACGGCGGCUUUGAUGCGGCGGAGGGAGGCGUCGGCGGCGGAGGAGUUGUGGGAGAAGAUGGUAGUGGAGCCGAGUGUUGACGUGGUGAAGAAGUUCGUCGGAGAAGUUGGCGGGCAGACUUAGUACUGUAGACGAGUAGAUGAUUUCUUGAGGCGGUUGCCGCCGGAGUAUUAUUUUAGGAAACUUUGUUUGAACGAUCUUAUUUUUAAAUUUUAAGUUGAGCGGUAAUUUUUUUUUAAACAUGGGUGAUAAAUCAU